AUGACUUCUUUGAAUCCCACCGCUGCCACCAAUCGUGACGUUUUCCUCUCUAUGGUGUGUUUGUGUAUACCCGUGUCACAAAAUAUUGUGGAUCCCGUACAAUUUCAGUUGAAUCAGAAACAAUACAGCAUUGGAGACUUUGUUCUGAUUGCUAGCAGCAAUGAUGACUUCCAAGAAGAUCCUUUAGAAUCAGCAUAUGUUGCCAAACUUGAAGACCUGUAUUCUGAUGGUGAACAGAAUGUUGCAGAGGUACAGUGGUAUUGGACACAAGACGAGAUGACGGAAUCCAUGUUAAAAAGGUGUAAAAAGAAAUAUGGCAGAAUACAGUCCAAUGAAGUAUUCCUAAAUGUCAGCAGAAAUGUUCAAAGAGAAAUAGACCCUGAAACUGUUUUAUGCAAGUGCAAAGUACUUCAGGGUGAUUUAGAAGAAAAGCAGUCAAAAAAUAUGUUAAAAACUUAUGUGUUUAAUAAGACAUUUGAUGGGACAAAAUUUCAAGAACUGGAAGAUGUCAAAAACAAAACUCCAAGAAAAGAGCCAACACAGAAAAACUCAAAGGAGUACAAAGAAAAUGAAGAUGUGAGACCCAAAACAAGGAGAUCUUUUGGAGGGCUUCCAGCUCGGCAACUACAGGAAAGAAGUAGUAUGUUGAAUGUCAUUCCAGUCAGUAAUGACAACAAGGUGGACUCAGAUGUCCUCACUUCUUUGGUGCCAAAAGUGAAGAAGCUGCCAGAUAGAAGAAAGUCGACUGGUCAGUUUUUGGGACGGAGAAUAGAAGCACAGGAUGUAGCCUCUAUGUUAAUGGAUGAUGACAGUGAUGCCAUAUCUCUAAUAUCAACUGCAUCCUCUGAUGUCUCCAGUGUUCCGAGCAAUAAAUCCAUGCCCUUAAAAUCGAUACUCACCCCCCAGAAGAAACCGGAACUGGCUCAUUUAAGCCGGACAGAACCUCGACACCUGAACCGAAGAGUUUCUUUCUCGGCACAUGACACUAAACCUCAACCUAAGUCUGCCACUAAGGCUCAGAAGAAGGUUCAGAAGGUGGUAAUUAAGAGGAUCUCAGAUAACAUGUACCAGUCCCACAGGAACAAGACCCCGGAGAGCACGGACAGGCCGGCCAGAAAAAGGCUGACACAACAGUUUGAUUCCUCACGACCAGAAACACCAGCUUCUCGAAAUCUGAGAAAAAGAAGCAAGGCUAUUUCUUACGACGAGAAUGCAGACUUUUCACCUGUAGGUAAAAACGAGGUCUUCCUGCCUUCAGACAGUGACACAGAUAGUGAUCUGUCCGACUUUAGUGAACCGACAAGAAAGAAAACUUCCAGAACAAGCAGGACCAACACCCCCAACAGGACAACCACACCCAGGGCCAAAAAACAAAGGAAAGGCAGUAGUUGUGCCACUCCAAAGAUCCCUGAGAGAUGUGAACCGUUAAUGUCCCCUUCCAAUGUUCUAGAAGAGGCAAGAUCUAGGUUACAUGUAUCAGCAGUUCCAGAUUCUCUUCCAUGUAGAGAGACAGAGUUUCAGGAUAUUUAUAACUUUGUGGAGAGUAAAAUCUUAGAUGGAACUGGAGGGUGUAUGUACAUAUCUGGAGUCCCUGGUACAGGUAAGACUGCCACGGUACAUGAAGUGGUGCGGGCCCUCCAUCAGGCGACAGAACAGGAGGAACUACCAGGCUUUAAGUACAUUGACGUCAAUGGAAUGAAAUUAACAGAACCCCGUCAGGCUUAUGUACAAAUCUUACAGCAACUGACCAAUCAGAAAGCUACCCCUGACCAUGCAGCUGAUUUGCUGAACAAGAAAUUUACUACCCCGGGACCUCGUAAAGAAACUAUUGUCAUGUUGGCCGAUGAGCUAGACCUUUUGUGGACAAGGAAACAGGAUGUGAUGUAUAAUAUCUUUGAUUGGCCAUCACACCGUCAUGCUCGCCUGGUAGUUCUAGCUGUAGCUAACACUAUGGAUUUACCAGAACGCAUAAUGAUGAAAAGAGUCUCAAGCAGAUUAGGGCUAACAAGAAUGACAUUCCAGCCGUACACCUUCAAACAGCUCCAGGAGAUAGUGAUCUCCAGAAUGAAGGGACUGAAGGCCUUUGAGGAGGAUGCCAUUCAGCUGGCAGCCAGAAAAGUGGCAGCAGUGUCGGGGGAUGCCAGGCGAGCCCUGGACAUUUGUCGCAGAGCUACAGAAAUCACAGAGAGUCUGUCCCCGUCCAAGACCAAACUAUCUCUGGUCGGAAUGACGCAUGUGAAUGCAGCCCUGCAAGAAAUGUUUUCUUCUCCGAAAGUUGUAGCCAUGAG